AUGGAUCAGCCCGCCGAGCCCAACACGGCCGCCAUGCACCAUGUGCAGCGCCGCCGAGGCUCUGUUGGCACUACGCAGCUCUUCGAUAACAUCGUGUCGACCUCCAACUUCGACCGUGAAGAAGUGGACCGACUGCGCAAACGGUUCAUGAAGCUCGAUAAGGAUGCUUCUGGCACGAUCGACCGUGACGAGUUCCUUUCCCUCCCCCAGAUCUCCUCCAACCCGCUGGCCACUAGAAUGAUCGCCAUCUUCGACGAGGACGGCGGCGGCGAUGUCGACUUCCAAGAAUUUGUGACUGGAUUGUCGGCCUUCAGCUCCAAGGGCAACAAGCAAGAGAAGCUGCGCUUCGCCUUCCGGGUCUACGACAUUGAUCGCGACGGCUACAUCUCCAACGGCGAACUGUUCAUUGUUCUCAAGAUGAUGGUGGGCAACAACCUGAAGGACAUCCAACUGCAGCAGAUUGUGGACAAGACCAUCAUGGAGGCCGAUAAGGACGGCGAUGGCAAGAUCAGCUUCGAGGAAUUUACCGAGAUGGUGGAGAGUACGGAUGUCAAUCUGAGCAUGACCCUGAGUCAAAUAUAG